AUGAUGAUGACUGGACGGAAUGUCUCAAACUUCGACAAACAAAAUGUGAAACUGAUCUCGCCUCGGCUACUUUCGCUCGUCCCCGAAGGAACGGAAGAUGAUGUUGUCAAUUUGCUUUCUCCUUCGCUCUUCUCCUUGCACAAUGAAGGCAAAGGUAUCGAAGAUGAGCUGAGUUUGACAAAAGCUCUGAAACUUUUCGAUGAGCAAGGACAUCAGGAAUGGUUGAAUUUUGUUAUUGAAGCUUCAGGAGUAUCCGAUGCUCUUUCAAAAAUGAAGGAUGCUAAUGCAGCGGCCGAACGGAGACAGUUAGACGAACAAUUCCGCAAUGACGAAGGUCAACCUUUAUACUUUACCAAGGAGAAUGUGACUGAAAUGUACGGUCCUUAUGAGAAAAAGAAAAUCGACGUAUUUGAGGAACUUCAGAGGUCACUCUCAAAGCAGCAGGUACAUUGA